UAGCAUGCGAGUGUCAGCCCCCUGCCUUUUAUUUCCUCUGGAAAGUUGUUGACUAAUAUUUGCCAAUUUAAUGGUUAUCUAUUCUUGAACUCGCAGUUUAUAAAAGCAAAAGUGAUCCCGUAUAAGGUCCUGAUUUUUUAAAACAUGGAGACAAUAUUGGAACAACAACGCCGAUACCACGAAGAGCGAGAAAGACUGAUGGACGCAAUGGUGAAGGAAAUGCUCCAUAAGAAACCGGGUCAUAGAGAAAAUAUCAAUUCAGAACAUCGUUUGAAAAUGUUAUUAGAUCAGUACAUGGAUAGUACCAUGCACUCGCAAGAAUUAUACGAAGAUAAGGACGGCCAGCGAAAGGAGGAAGUGCAAGCAUUGUCGGGCCCAAAUGAAUUUUCAGAAUUUUAUUCUCGUCUAAAAUCAAUAAAAGAAUUCUAUCGUCGACAUCCAAAUGAAAUCAGCGUCCCGAUGUCGGUGGAAUUUGAGGAGUUGGCCAAAAUGAGAGAAAAUCCAACCGAAGAGUUAGCGAAUCUUGUCGAAUUUACGGACGAAGAAGGUUAUGGGAAAUACCUUGAUUUGCACGAAUGCUAUGAGAAAUACAUUAAUCUCAAAGGCAUCGAGAAGGUCGACUAUAUUACUUAUUUGUCGACGUUUGACCACUUGUUCGACAUUCCUAGGGAGAGGAAAAAUGCAGAGUAUCGUCGAUACGUGGAAUGCUUACUCGAAUACUUGACGGACUAUCUAAGCAGAGUCAGACCUUUGCACGACCUUAAUGCAGAGGCCGAUGAAGCAAUUAAGGAAUUUGAAACUCACUGGGAAAAUAAUACCUUCCCAGGAUGGCCGAAAGAGACCGGAAGUGCCAUGACCCACGUCGGAGCUCAUUUAGAAUUAUCUGCCUUUUCAUCUUGGGAAGAACUUGCUUCUCUUGGAUUGGAUAGAUUGAAGUCGGCAUUGAUGGCAUUAGGAUUGAAGUGUGGAGGCACUUUAGAAGAAAGGGCCCAACGAUUAUUCAGUACAAAAGGCGAAGCUUCUCUCGAUCCAAACCUGUUGGCCAAGAGUAAGCAUAGAAAACCAGGAAAAGGUAGAGAUGCCGAGAAACAGAAAGAUAUAGCAAGGUUGGAAGGACAGGUGUAUAGGUUAGCGGAAUUAGUAUCCGGUCAGCGUGUCGCUACAAGGGAGAAUGUACAACGAAAACAAGCCAGAACAGAAGGCGAACGUGGUGACUCGGAUGCAGAGGCCAGUGCUAGCGAAUCGGAGGAAGAAGACGACAACGAGGUUCCUUAUAAUCCUAAGAAUCUUCCGCUUGGGUGGGAUGGUAAACCCAUUCCAUAUUGGUUGUACAAAUUACACGGUCUCAACAUUAGCUACAACUGCGAGAUUUGUGGAAACUUUACGUACAAAGGACCCAAGGCUUUCCAAAGACACUUUGCAGAGUGGAGGCACGCACACGGUAUGCGGUGUCUAGGUAUUCCAAAUACUGCACAUUUUGCAAACGUUACGCAAAUAGAAGAUGCACUUGCUUUAUGGGAGAAACUGAAGGCUCAGAAACAAGCAGAACGUUGGCAACCGGAACAAGAGGAAGAGUUUGAAGAUUCCCUUGGAAAUGUUGUAAAUCGCAAGACAUACGAAGAUUUGAAACGUCAAGGUCUUUUGUAGUGUAUUAACUGUAACUCUGUUUUAAGGUGUAUAUAGUAUUCUUAACACGUUUCGUGCCGCGUGGGACGUAUCCGUCUCAAGGUUGGCUUACGACAAUGUACUUGUCAUUUGUUUCGGCACUGAAUGCGUUAAUAAUAAUCUCUGAAUUCACCCUA